AUGAGAUUACUUUCAUAUCUAAAUCAAACUAGAACUAGAACCAGAACCAGAACCUUUCUUACUAGCAAUAGAUUACCAAUUCAACUACUCAUCAAAGCUGAAGCAACCUCACGUCUUUGGGAAAGAAGAACACCUUUAGUACCUGAUGAUAUCACUCAUCUCUUCGAUUCAUUAGGAUCUCAAUCCAUCAACAUCAAACUGGAAUCAAGUCAAAAACGUAUCUUUGAUGAUCAAUCAUAUGAAAAGGUCGGAGCUCAAAUCGUUCCGCCCGGUACAGCUGAUGGUGAUGCAGACCUGAUCUUAGCAAUCAAAGAAAUCUCAAUCAAUGACUUAAAUCCAACUUCAUCGACUAAACCAAAUCAUAAACGUACCUAUUGCUUUUUUUCACAUACUCAUAAAGGCCAAUCUUAUAAUGUUCCAUUGUUACAGAAGAUGGUCUCUUCAGGUGAUAGGUUUAUUGAUUGGGAAUUACUCACGAAUCCUCAUUCUGGAUCUAGAACCGUUUCUUUUGGUAGACUGGCUGGUUUAGUAGGUGCAGCUGAAGCAUUAUCAGGAUUAGGUUUAGCAUGUUUACGACAUGGUGUUUCAACCCCAUUCUUAAAUUUGGCAAGACCUUACACAUUCAAUUCUGAGGUUGAAUUAAUGAAUGCAAUCGGUAGAUUAAGAGAUCGAAUUCAUCGUGAAGGUUAUAAUGGAGAUCAUCCGAUCAGUGUGGUUAUCACAGGUUCGACUGGAAGGGUAGGGAAAGGAGCCGUAGAAGUUUUAGAUCAAGUUGGGAUUCAAUGGGCAACGGAUUUGAAUGAAUUUCGUCAAAUGGCUAAAGAUGAAGAGGGACAUCAUAGACAGCAUAAGAUUAUUGGAUACAAACUUGGAUUAGAAGAUCAUUUGAUUAGACUUGAUGAUUCAAACUCACCUUUUGAUCGUCAACUUUAUAAUUCAUCACCCGAACUCUUUCGUUCAACUUUUUCCAAAACCAUCGAUACUGAUUCUUGUGGAUUUGUUUGUGGAAUCGACAAGGUCGCUCCUUGGACUAAUUUAUUGAUCAAUGGAUCAUAUUGGAGUUCGGAAUUUCCUAGGUUAUUAAAUUCAACAGAUUUGAUUAGCUUACUGCAAGAUCAAACGAUUAAUAGGAUGUGGUCUGUAGCUGAUAUUUCAUGCGACUUUAAAGGAGGUUUAGAGUUUGUAGAAAGAGCUACAUCUAUUGAAGACCCUUAUGCUUACUUGGGAGUCAGUCAAGAUCAUCAAAGAAUAGAAGAAGUACCAUGGAGACACCCAGCUUCAACCCUUCAAUUAAUCUCCAUCGAAAUCUUACCCACCGAGUUGGCCAAGGACGCUUCGAUUGCAUUUUCUAAAGCUGUUGUACCAUAUAUAAAAGCUUUUGUUGAAACCAAUGAAGAUUUAAAUCAUCAACUUGAUUCAGCUACAAUUUGUAGUGAUGGGAAACUCAAACCGGCUCAUGAAUCUCUUCAAGCUUUGAUCACCAUAGAUGAUACACCUAGAAAAGUGGUUUUAUUCGGAUCAGGGAUGGUGGCUUUACCUGCUAUACAAACUUUAUUGAGUGAUCCGAAAGUAGAAGUGAUUUUGGCUAGUCAAUUUGAAUCUGAAGCUAAUGAAUUAAAAUCAAAGUGUGGACCAGAGGCUGAGAGUCGGAUCAAAGUGGUCAGAAUUGAUGUGAUGAAUGAUGAAGAAGGGUUAAGGGAAUUGAUGAAGAGUGCAAGAGUAGUAGUAAGCCUUUUACCAGCACGAAUGCAUCCGGUAAUCGCAAGACAUUGUAUAGAAUCAAAUGUUCAUUUAGUGACAGCUUCAUAUAUAUCGAAAGAAAUGGAAGGCUUUCAUCAAGAAGCUAAAGAACGAAAGUUGAUGUUUUUAAAUGAAUUAGGAUUAGAUCCAGGUAUAGAUCAUAUGAGUGCGAUUCAAAUGAUCAAGAAGUAUCAAAGGAAAGGCUAUAUGAUCAAAUCCUUUGUGAGCUUUUGUGGAGGCUUACCUGAGUUUAGAGAUCGGUUGAUUGGCUAUAGGUUUUCUUGGUCUCCUAGAGGUGUUUUGGAAGCUUUAAAGAAUCCAGCCAAGUUUAAAUUGAUGGGAAAGUCGUAUGAAAUUGAAGGACAAGAUUUGGUUAAGAAACGGUUUGAUAAGAUUGGUAAAAGUUUGUUUAAUGGAAGGUACAAGUUGGAAGGAUUAGCGAAUCGAGAUUCAUUAAGUUAUAUAGAGAAAUAUGGAUUACGAUUUGAUGAAUUAGAUAGUAUGAUGAGAGGUACAUUGAGGUAUGAAGGGUUUGGUGAAGUGAUGGAAGUGGUGGGUAACUUAGGAUUAUUGAGUGAUCAGAGAUGGCCAAGUUUUGAAAAGAUGAAAGUAGCAGAACAGAUGAAGGAUAGGAAAGUUUUGAAGGUUUUGGAAGAGUUGGAGAUUUUGAAAGCUGGAAAACUUAAUGUUUUAGAAGAUCAAACCCAUCAAAGUCCAAUCGAAUGGUUAAGUGAAGUCUUAUCCAACAAAUUAAAGUAUCGAUCAGGAGAAAGAGAUAUGGUUUUAAUGAAUCAUGAAAUCAGAAUUGAAAGAGAAGGUCAAACAAAAAGAGUGAAGAUGUGCUUGGAAGAAAAAGGUGAAGCUAUGUCAAGAACUGUUGGAUGUCCUAUUGGGAUUGGAGCCUUGAUUAUAUUGAAUGAAGAAGCAAAGAUGGAGAAGAUGGAAAGAGGUGUGAUUAGACCGAUUGAAGAUGAGUUCUCUUUGAUGGUUUUGGAUAGGUUGGAAAAGGUUGGGAUUAAGUUGAAUGAAGAGGUUAUGAAGAAUGAAGAACUUGGGAUUGAAGAUAGGUUAAUUCAAAGGGUGGUUGGGUUGAGGAAUAUGUUGUAUAUUAAAGUGUACUUUUGUGGUGGUGGUGGUGGUGGUUCUUGUUGUUGA